CCAGAGGUGUAGAUGAGUCGCAGGCUUGUACUCUCCCGAACUCGCUGAAGUCGUAACUGCUCUGCAGACAGACAGACAGAUAUCAGAAGUCGCCCGUGAUCGUGCACCUGGCCAACAGGGCGAUCCAUCACGGCUCGAGAUAAGCUAUACAUCUUGAUCGGUCCACGGGAGAGUGACACAACCAGCGACACCAUCCGUGUCGGCCUCCUUGCCAACAUCAUCACAGGUGGUAGAAGCGCACAGCAGCACAAAACCCCAGCCAUCAUGGCCAGCAACGCCGCCCGCGAAAAGGAAGCAGCAACAGCAGCACAAGACCCGUCCGCCGCUGCCGCUGCCGCCACAGCCACCACCGUGAUGAAUGGGCCUUUCAAGGGCCGGUGCAUCUGCGGCGCACUCACAUUCACCAUCGACCCUGCCGAGGGGGCGCCGCUGGCGGCGUACCUGUGCCACUGCCUCGACUGCCAGCGCUUCUCGGGGUCUGCGUUUGCGCACAACGCGACGUUCCGGGUCGCGGACCUGACGGUGGAGGUGGCGGCCGGGCCGGAGGGAGCAGCGGUACAACAGGACGGCGAUGGCAAUGAUGACACUGGGGCCGGCUCCGGUUCCGAAAUCGGGGGGAAGCAGAAGGGUGUUCCACUGGAAGACCAGCUCAGCACGUAUGGAGAUGAUGUCGAAGGCCGGAUGCAGUUCUGCCGGACAUGCGGGACGAGGCUGCUGCUGUUCUGCCCGGCCGGGUCCAGUUCAAUGCGGGACAAGGUGGUUGUGCCAGUCGGGGUGCUCGAGGGCGGGUUCGAGGAUGGACGGCUGGCGCCGGCGAUGGAGGGGUGGCUGAAGCGCAAGGCGUGCUGGCUAAGGGGAGUGGACCUGGGGCUGAGGAGGAUGGGGAGCGAAUGAUGGCAUGUUGGGCGGGAAGACGAUGCUGGCACUGUGGCUGGUGUUUUGUGUUUUUUUUUUUUUUUU